ACCACUUCUACCGAACUCGUCAAUGUACAGGAGUUAGCUCAAAGUCGUUUCGGUUCCACGAGUCUAUAUUUAGUACGUGCGCGCAGCGUUUAAACUUGGUGUACUCCAUCGGACUCGCUCCUCCAAAGAGUAUACAUCGAGCAGUCUCCUUCGAUCACUAGUUAGUAGUAUCUCUGACGCAUUUGUCCGUUAGCCGCAUAACAAUCGUCAGGGAAGAGCGAAUAUUCGUGAUCUGCAACAUUCGGUCGUGUAGGCGCGUUAUAAAAUUUGAGAGUGGGCAGUAAAUCGGCACGUAGGAAAACCAUGCCGAAAAGGAAGCAGUCGGCGGGAAAAAGGAGCAGCAGUUCUAAGACGAGUUCGAACAGGAGUUCUGCGGCGAGUUCGCCGGCUAAGUGCAGUUCGCCGAGACGCCCUGCGACGCGUUCGUCUUCGGAGGGAGAAGAUGAAACACCCCAGGGUGGGCGGCAAAGAAAAAGUGGCAGUAAGCGUGUCUCCACAAUUACCCGAUUAGCUCAGGAAGGAGAAGCCCUUGUAAAGGAUUUAAAUAAGGAGGACCCUGGCUCAGAAAACAGGAGAAGAACACGCUCGUCAACACGAGGUGCUGUUUCCACACCGCCCCCUCCGCCGGCAAAGAGAGAAAAGAAGACACCUCCAUCUGGUGGGGGAAGAGGCUCGAAGCGUGGUCGUCCCAAGAGAGAUGCCGACGAGAAAGAGGCUGCUGGUGGAGCUGACGAAGAUGCAGGGGCGCCACCAGAGAAGAAGGUGGCAGAGCAGAAGGAGGAGGGUGACGCAGGCAGUGCCGAAGACAGAGCCGACUCUGGCAAGGAUGCGGCUCCAGCAGAAACCUCUGCUACAGCGCAAGAGGACAAAUCUGAGAAAAUGGAUGUGGACACUCCGAAGGAAGAAUCGGAUACAACGGCGGAAGCAGACAGUGAGAAGAGAGGGGAACAGGCGAAACCUACUGCAGAGACCCCAAGUUCUGCUGAAGCCACUGCAGAAGAGAAACCUACCGAAGGAGAGGAGAAAGACAAUGCAGAGGACAAGCCGGCAGCUGCGCCACUGGCAGCAACGGCCGCUCCACCGGUGGAAAACGAUUCGGGCAAGGACGCUGUCACAUCUGCUGAGCCCAAGGAUGCUGCUGCCCCUUCACCUGCCAAGGAGGAGGCAACAGCACCUGCACCGUCGGUGACAAACAGCGAACCUCCGAGCCAAAUACCUGCGAGCAGUGAUGCGACAGACGAGAAGGAGAGCGACGCCGCACCGGCCGAACCUACGGUAGCGAAAGCUGCCGCGGAGGCUGCAGAUGUCGCGAGCGCACCUGUCGAGAACAGCAGCAACGGGACUCCGGAGGCGGCAGCAGCCGGCAAGGACCAGCCACAGCAACAGCAGCAACAGACCACAGUAGUCACCAUCGAGUAGUCAAUGCGACUCCUGUCGUACCUGAUGAAAAUUUUAUAAAAUCCACUUGGUGUAGAGAAGGCCAUAUUUUAAAUACACACUCUAUUAGCUCCUUUUAAUGGGAGCUCUGAGACAGAACUCAAAUUGUCUUAACUAUUGAUAUGCUCCUGCUCCAGUUAUUAGUGUUGUUGCGUGAGUGCAAGAAGAACUGAGGGGUUGUGGGUGAUGUGAAGGAAGCUGGCACUACAGUCAGCUUUAGCUAGUGAUGUAUCGCCUGAACAGGCAGCGACACUUCCUCUUGCAUUGCACAGGAAAAACUCAAGCUGCCACUGUAUCAGUUACUAUAAAAGCAACGCCAAAAGAACACCUGCAAACCACUGCCAGUUUUGGAGCUGUGUUUACAACACAUGACAAAGAUUUUCUUUCAGAUUUGUAAAAUAAAUCUGUAGCCUUAUGGGACAUAAUCUGUGUAUUUACUCGAAGUGAUCAGAAUUUGCCUUAUUGUGAGUUAAACUUUUUUUCAUAUGCGUCUUUAUAAUUGGGAGUGUUUACAUUUGACACUGUGGAAAGUGUGUGUAAUAAAAUAUAAAUGAGAGAAAGCAAAUAGAUUCAGACUGAUAAAUAAUUACAGGAGCAUUUGUUACCUCUGUGCGGGCAUCAUGCUCAUUUUUAAUGUUUUGUUCAGGACAUGUUACGAGGCACAAAAACUUUUAAAAUGUCCCUUAAGCUUGCACCUAUUGAUUUUAGGUGCAAUCCCUUUUGCAGUUUUUUCCCCACACAUACGUUCAAUAAUGCAAAUGUUGAUGCUCUACAAUUUAGAAUUUUACAUUUCCCUAGUUGCCUAUUUGUAGUGCAGGUGGAACACCACAUUUCCUUCGGCAGAUGUACGAGUAUUUUCUUUGGUUCAGGGCAAUAGGUACAGAAUUUCCGUUUGCAUGGUUUUGUAGCACUGCUGUUGAAAGCAAAACUGUUAUUUGCUUCAUAAGUUUGAUGGAAGAUGGUCUAUCAAACCAUAUGUAACAGAUUGCAAUGCAUGCAAGUUUGCUUUUUACUUCAGGUCUUAAUUUUUGAUGGAAGUGCCUAUUCUUUUCUGGCUUGCUUCACACCACCCUUUUACCUCUCAUUUUUAGUGUUCUUUUAAAAUUUGAGUUUUGUGGUCAGCUGCUCCCAUUUACUCACAAUGAUGGUAUUUAAUUGGAUAAAUUUUGUGUGCAAUUACGAAUAUCGGUUCUCCGUUGGAGCUCUUGUGCUGUUUUAUUUUGGACUUACUAAGCUUGAAGAUACAUUGCAUUUCAAAUAGCCUUCAAGAUUUUUUCCUAAUUUAUGGACUACAGUGUGUUUGAUUCUGAUGACCUGUGGAAUAAUUCUUCUUUUUCCUGCUUAUUUGCUGAGAAUAUAGUAACCAAUUUUUGUCACUUUCUGGAUUCUGCUUGCCUCGGUGGUGGAGAACCACAUAAACAAAGCACCACAGGUGACGCGUAACAAAAUAAAAAGAAAUCUGUGACAAGUAAUGUACUAGACGAUAGAAGAGAAACGUGUCAAGAUGCUCUGUACGAAGAAACUGUAUUUUGUAGUGUAUUUUAUCAUCUUUUCUAUACACUUUUCCCUACCCGACAGUGUCUGAUGGUGUCACAUGUGUGACCAGUGUCUCCAGUUAAAAGUGAGAGUGGUGACUCACUGUUGAAAAUCCUUAACAAAGUGAAAUGACCAUCAUUCAGAACAAAUUUUGAUGGGAGCUUGUGCAUCAAACAGCUGCACUGGAAGACAAUCCAGAACCACGGACAGCAGUGUCAACAGAGGAGACAGAAUUAAACUACACAAACAAAAAGCUAUUUCUGCCCAACAAACUGUUUUGUUGUAUAAAAUGUCAAAAAAUAAAAAUUGAUAAUAUGUGAUUGAACUUUUCACCUUGAUUUUGUAUAUACAUAUAUAUAUCUGUGUUGAGUAAUUGUUUACUUCAUAGUGUGAGUGAGUGUGAGAGAGGAAAAACUGCUGUUCCCAGAAUGUAUUUUUAAGGUAAUAUAGUUAACAAUUGUACAAUUAGAAAAUAAUAUUUCUAAAAAACUGUAAAAAGAAAAGUGGUAAGCUUCACUGUAAAGUUUCUGGUGUACACCACUUUUUUCUUCAUUUACUUGCAAAGUACGCACAGGGCUGUCAGGAAGUUUGUAUCAAAUUUUAUUUUUGGUGGUAUAAGUUUUAGUCUGAUGUAAGUAUGAAUUGAAUACCAUUUGAAUUAUUAGAUUUGGGAACAAGAAAAUUUCUUCUUUCUUUCCUUCUCUUUUGUCUCCUGAUCUUAAACGUACAUUAUGUUCAAAGAAAUAACACAGGUUAGUCUUUUCCAUUCAGUUUCUUGAAUUCGUUUCUCUUCUGUUUAGUAAAAGUGGGCAAAUGCAUCAAUGGAACCAGCUGUCAUCUCAUUACAUCACAUCAGCAUUUGUGCUGGUGUAGUUUGUUGUUGCUGAGUAUGCCUGUUUACAUCCAGAAUUUAAAGAACAUACAGCAUGUAAACAGUGAAAUAGGUUUACCAUGUGAUAAUAUAUAUAAAGCUAUAUACAUAUAUUAUUUCCAGUACUGUAAAUGUAUUUCUCUUUGUUCCAAGGCAUGCUCUAGAUCCCAGUAAUGUGGACAAGAAAUGGUUUGAAAUACGUUUAGCCUUUGAGGGGUCCAAUUUUAUGGACAUAGUAGAAAAUAGAACUGCAGUAAAAUCUCUGCAGGUGCUUUGUUUCAGUUUGUGUUGCUUCAGUAUUCACAAAUGUACAUUUACUGUGUAAGAGAGAACUAUAAAAUUGGUAUGCUCAAAGGCUUGCUGUGGUUAAUACUGUAAGGCGAGAUAACUUAAAAUAAAGACUUUGGAUCAGAACCUGCCUUCGGAUUAUCUUAGUGCUGUAAUAACUACGCAUAAUGAAAACUUGAGUAUAAAGUGAAUUUAUACACUUAAUAUAUAUAUUAAAAAAUACUUCGUGUUUUCACAUUUGUCAGAGGAAUUAAUUAAAGGCAGUGAUGUAGUGACAUAGUUUUUAACUUAGGUUAAAUGACAGAAAAGAUUUAAAAACUGUUCUAAAGCUUGGAUCAGUGUGGACAUGUUUCUAAAGAAAUGAGUUAUGAUUGUGAAAAGAAAUCAUUUGUCAGUUUCAGAGGACAAUAAAGUGUGAAAAGUCA